AUGAUAAUUAUAAAAACUAUAUACAAAAAACAAAAACAAGAUAAUGUACCAAGAUCGUUAAAUCCAUUUCCACCAAUUAUAACUAUUCGAACUUCUGACAUACAAAAUGGUAUUAUACCAAGUGCUUUUUCAUAUAAUUCAAGAAAUGCUAUUUUUAUUCCACAAAAUAAUAUUUUAAAGCCAACAUAUUCUGGUGAAGCACCACCACCAUAUCCUGGUAUUUUAGGAGCAACUCCAACACCUAAUCCUAAUAAUUCACUCAAUCCUACUACAUCAACUAAUCAACAUCAUACAAUUCCAACUCCAAUAAUUAUGAGAUUGUAUGAUAAUAAUAAUCAAAAUUACCAAGCAACUGAUCCACCUCCAUAUGAAGAUUUACCAGGUUCAACAAAUACAUCUUUAAGUGCCAUAUUUUUUCCAAGUCGAAUAACACCAGAUCCCAGUCAUGUACUUCCACAAAAAUAA